AUGGCUCAAGGUUGCUGGGUGCAUAUGCAUGGUUCACAGUACCACGUGCAGGGACCGAAAGUGAGGAACUGGGAUGAUGAGGGUUUACGCCUAAUCAAUCUUCUUUACGAGUGUGCCACUUGUACUGAAUCAGGAAACUUCACUGGUGCAGAUAUUGCACUGUAUCAUCUCUCUCUCCUUGCUUCCCCUCAUGGUGAUUCAAUGCAACGCGUUGCCACUUAUUUCACUGAGGCACUAGCAUGUUGCCAAGUGGGCAAAAAUUUGCGUGGUGUACCUAAAGUUCUUGGUUUGGUGAACUUGUUAUCAACUCCUGAACAACAAUUUGUCAAGCAGCUAUUCUUUAAAUUCUACCCCUUCCUAAAAACCGCACACACGAUCACAAAUCAGACCAUUAUUGAAGCCAUGCAAGGGGAAACAGUGAUUCAUGUGCUUGAUCUCAGUCCAUCUAAUACUGAUCAGUGGACUAAUCUCAUGCAGGGUUUGAAAGAGCGUUUGACAAACACACCAUACCUGAACAUUACUGUUACAGCCAUACAUGAGAAGAAGGAAGUGUUAGAACAAAUGGGGUUGCAACUGAAAGUUGAAGCUGACAGGUUGCAUUUCCAUUUCCAAUUCAAUCCUGUUGUGAGCAGUUUGGAGACCCUUGACCCUGAAACAUUGCCUAUCAAGAAAGGUGAGCCUCUUGCAAUUAGCUGCGUGCUUCAGCUUCACUCUCUUCUGGCUGCCAAUGAUGAUGAUUUGGUCAAAAUGAGGGGUCAAAGUGCUUUUGCAAAGAUGCUUGCCAAACAGAAGAAUAAGAAGGUGAAUCCAAGUCCUGACUCAGCACUCUCACCUUUUUCUCCAUGUCCAUCACAUAAGAUGGAGUGUUUUCUGAAUGGUUUGUGGAAGCUCCAACCCAAAGUGAUGGUGAUAACUGAGCAAGAGUCAGAUGUUAAUGGACCCAGUUUAACAGAGAGGGUGUACAAAGCUUUGAAAUUUUACAGUGCACUGUUUGAUUGCUUGGAAGCCUCCACUUCCAGAACAUUGGUAUGGAGAAGCCUAUUGGAGAAGAUGCUACUUGGUGAAGAGAUAAAGAACAUUGUUGCAUGUGAAGGGGUUGAGAGAAAGGAGAGGCAUGAGAAAAUUGAAACAUGGAUCCCAAGGCUUGAAUUGGCUGGAUUUGGAAGGGUACCUCUCAGCUCCAAUGGAAUUUGGUUGGCAACAAAGUUUUUGGAAACCUAUGUACCAGGAUACCACGUCCAUCACAAGAACAAAUGCUUGUUUAUUUGCUGGGAAAGAAUUCCUCUUUUUUCAGUUUCAGCAUGGAAGUUUGAGAAGGUAUAUACUGAAUUGAGCAAGACAAAACAUGAACAUUUUGGUCUUAUAACAAGGGCUAAUAGGGUUACCCCCCAUUCUACUAGUCCUCGUGGUACAGUUAAUGUUGAUGACUUUGGAGCCAAAGCAGAUGGAGGAGAUAAUACCGAGGCAUUUGGAAAGGCAUGGAGUGAAGCAUGUUCAAGAGGGGCUAUGCUUGUGGUACCCGAAAAUAGGAUCUAUCGUCUUAAACCAAUAACAUUUUCUGGUCCAUGUCGACCCAACACUGCCUUUAUGCUCUAUGGCACAAUCGAAGCAUGGACUCAAAUGUCGGCAUACCAAGAAGAUAGACAACACUGGAUUAUGUUUGAUAGUGUUUCAAAUUUCAGAGUUGGUGGUGGUGGCACAUUCGAUGGCAAAGGGAAAAUGUGGUGGCAAAACUCCUGCAAAGCAACCACUAACCUUCCAUGCAACGACGAACCAAGACCAAAGGCUGUGACUUUCUAUCAAUGCAAAAAUUUGAAAGUGACAAACUUGAUGUUCAAAGAUGCACAACAAAUGCACGUAACCUUUGAGAGAUGCUUCAAUGUUAUUGCAUCAAAUAUCGUCAUCAGAGCACCCGGGGACAGCCCCAACACUGAUGGAAUUCAUGUAGCAGAUACACAAAAUAUUGUCAUAAGCAAUAGUGAUAUUGGGACAGGUGAUGAUUGUAUUUCCAUAAUAAGUGGGUCACAAAACGUUCGAGCCACAGAUAUAACCUGCGGACCUGGACAUGGAAUAAGCAUUGGAAGCUUGGGUGCUGAUAACUCAGAAGCUGAAGUGUCCAAUGUGGUAGUGAACAGAGCUACCUUAACAGGAACCACUAAUGGAGUGAGAAUAAAGACUUGGCAGGGAGGCUCUGGGUAUGCAAGAAACAUCAAAUUUAUGAACAUAAUGAUGCAAAGUGUGACAAAUCCCAUAAUCAUAGACCAAUACUACUGUGAUCAAGCUGAGCCAUGUCAAGAGCAGGACUCAGCUGUGCAAUUAAGCAAUGUGUUAUACCAAAACAUAAGAGGAACUAGUGCGUCAGAAGUGGCUAUCAAAUUUGACUGCAGCAGAGCAGUCCCAUGCAGACAAAUCUAUCUGCAGGAUGUGACUUUGGAGCCAGAAGGCAGAGGUGGCACCAUUGCUACAUGUGAAAAUGUUAGAUAUGUCAACAGGGGAAGGUUUUUUCCUCAAUGCACUCCAUGA